GAGUUGCCAAUAGUACCAGUACUUUCUGCACUUAAUUUGAGAUAAACAUGCAUAAAGUGUAACUAAUAUAAAUUAAGCAUUAUUUAAUACAAAAUUUAUUUAUUUUCAGACGGACCUUGGAAAAUUGAUAUUACAACAAACAAUAAACGAUAAGCUCUGUUUCAAGAAAAUGACAGCGAUUGCAAGAAUUUCACAAGCGAAUAUCGUGCAACCCUCAAAAAAACAUACUGCUACUGUGUUUUUCUUCCAUGGUUCUGGUGGCACAGCGGAGAAUAUGAAAGAAUGGGUUAAUAUUUUUAACAGGGAAAAAUUGCAAUUUUCACAUAUAAAAUUAAUUUAUCCUAGUGCACCUAGUCUGCCGUAUACAGCAAAUGAUGGAAUGAUGCAAAAUGUAUGGUUUGAUAGAAUGGCAAUAUCUAAUCAAGUACCAGAACAUUUAGAAUCAAUCAACUCUAUGUGCCAAAAUGUGUCAGAGUUGAUCGAUCAAGAAGUAGCCAAUGGAAUUCCAUUCGAUAGAAUAAUUCUAGGUGGAUUUUCAAUGGGUGGCUGCCUUGCAUUACAUUUAGCAUACAGAUAUCGAACAGCUGUAGCAGGCUGUUUCGCUAUGUCUUCUUUCUUAAAUAAGGGAUCUGUAGUUUAUGAGCAUUUGAAAGCGAAUCCAGAAUCUAAUAAAGUACCACUUAUUCAAUAUCAUGGCACAGUAGAUAGUUUGGUUCCUAUAGCAUGGGGUGAGGAAACUGCUAAGAAUCUCAAUGAUCUUGGAGUAAAUGUAAAAUUUAUGCCUGUGCAAAAUAUCAAUCAUGAGUUGAACCGUGAAGAGAUUAAAAAUUGGAAAAAUUGGCUCCUUAGUAUAUUACCAGAUAAAUAAUAUAAAUUGUUAAAUAAAAAUAUUAAAAUCAUUGUUAGCUGUUAUAACAUGGAAACAUGUUAAUGUUAUAUUUAUUUUUAAAAAUUUAUUACAUCUAAUUAUUGUAUAAUUGUAAUUUUGUAGCAAUACAUAUAAAUUGAAUUUUAUUACAAUAACACAAAUCAUAUGAAUUGCUGAAAAACUAAUAAAUAUAAGAAAGACCCUAAUUUUCACGACGUGACAAG